GAGCUGAUCUGAUCUCAGGGGGUGGGGCCUCGGCGCCCGGGCAGGUUCGGGUGCCACGAGAUGCGGGCCAGUGGGGCGGCUGGGGUCGGGCUGGAGGGCCCCUGAUUGGGGGAAUCGUCGGGGGACGUCGCGAGGAUCGGUUCGCCUUGCGCCAUGGACUGGCAGCCAGACGAGCAGGGCCUGCAGCAGGUCUUGCAGCUCCUCAAAGACUCGCAGUCGCCCAACACGGCUACUCAGCGCAUUGUGCAGGAUAAACUUAAACAACUCAACCAGUUUCCUGACUUCAACAACUAUCUGAUCUUCGUCCUGACCAGACUCAAAUCAGAAGAUGAGCCAACCCGCUCUCUCAGUGGCCUCAUCCUCAAGAACAAUGUGAAGGCGCAUUACCAGAGCUUCCCGCCUCCCGUGGCUGACUUCAUCAAACAAGAGUGUCUCAACAACAUCGGCGACGCCUCCUCUCUCAUCCGAGCCACCAUUGGCAUUCUCAUCACCACCAUCGCUUCCAAGGGUGAGCUGCAGAUGUGGCCUGAGCUGCUACCCCAGCUGUGCAACCUGCUCAACUCAGAGGAUUAUAAUACCUGUGAGGGAGCCUUUGGAGCCCUACAGAAGAUCUGUGAAGACUCCUCUGAGCUGUUGGACAGUGAUGCUCUCAACAGGCCCCUGAACAUCAUGAUCCCUAAGUUCCUGCAGUUUUUCAAGCACUGCAGCCCCAAAAUCCGGUCCCAUGCCAUUGCCUGUGUGAACCAGUUCAUCAUGGACCGUGCCCAAGCGCUGAUGGAUAACAUUGACACCUUCAUUGAGCACCUGUUUGCCUUGGCUGUGGAUGAUGACCCUGAGGUGAGAAAGAAUGUGUGCCGUGCCCUUGUGAUGCUUCUGGAAGUUCGCAUCGACAGGCUCAUCCCUCACAUGCACAGCAUCAUACAGUACAUGCUGCAGAGGACCCAGGACCAUGAUGAGAAUGUGGCCCUGGAGGCCUGUGAGUUCUGGCUGACGCUGGCCGAGCAGCCCAUCUGCAAAGAAGUCCUGGCCUCCCACCUGGUCCAGUUGAUCCCUAUCCUCGUGAAUGGGAUGAAGUACUCUGAAAUUGACAUCAUCUUGCUUAAGGGGGACGUGGAGGAGGACGAGGCAGUACCUGACAGCGAGCAGGACAUCAAGCCACGUUUCCACAAGUCACGCACAGUGACGUUGCCCCAUGAGGCUGAGCGGCCUGAUGGUUCUGAGGACGCUGAGGAUGAUGAUGACGACGAUGCUUUGUCAGAUUGGAAUCUGAGGAAGUGCUCAGCAGCUGCUCUGGAUGUCCUUGCCAACGUCUUCCGGGAGGAACUGCUGCCCCACCUGCUUCCCCUGCUCAAGGGCCUCCUGUUCCACCCUGAGUGGGUGGUCAAGGAGUCAGGGAUCCUGGUGCUGGGUGCCAUUGCUGAGGGCUGCAUGCAGGGAAUGGUGCCCUAUCUACCUGAGCUGAUCCCACACCUCAUCCAGUGCCUGUCAGACAAGAAGGCACUGGUACGCUCCAUUGCCUGCUGGACGCUGAGCCGCUAUGCCCAUUGGGUAGUCAGCCAGCCGCCUGAUAUGCACCUCAAGCCGUUGAUGACGGAGCUGCUCAAGCGUAUCCUAGAUGGCAAUAAGAGGGUGCAGGAGGCAGCCUGCAGUGCCUUUGCUACCCUGGAGGAGGAGGCAUGCACAGAGCUGGUGCCCUACCUCAGCUACAUCCUUGACACUCUUGUUUUUGCCUUUGGCAAAUACCAGCACAAGAACCUGCUUAUCCUCUAUGACGCCAUUGGCACCCUGGCCGACUCCGUGGGCCACCACCUUAAUCAGCCGGAAUACAUUCAGAAGCUGAUGCCGCCGCUGAUCCAGAAGUGGAAUGAGCUCAAGGAUGAAGACAAGGACCUCUUCCCGCUGCUGGAGUGUCUGUCGUCUGUGGCCACUGCCCUGCAGAGUGGCUUCCUGCCCUACUGUGAGCCUGUCUACCAGCGCUGUGUUACCCUGGUGCAGAAGACGUUGGCCCAGGCCAUGAUGUACACACAACACCCCGAACAAUACGAGGCCCCUGACAAGGACUUCAUGAUUGUUGCAUUAGACCUGCUUAGUGGCUUGGCUGAGGGCCUGGGUGGCCAUGUGGAACAGCUGGUGGCCCGAAGUAACAUCAUGACAUUGCUUUUCCAGUGUAUGCAGGAUUCCAUGCCUGAGGUUCGGCAGAGCUCCUUCGCCCUUCUGGGAGACCUUACCAAAGCCUGUUUUAUCCACGUCAAGCCCUGUAUCGCUGAGUUCAUGCCUAUUCUGGGCACCAACUUGAACCCUGAGUUCAUCUCUGUCUGUAACAACGCCACCUGGGCCAUCGGGGAGAUCUGCAUGCAGAUGGGGGCAGAGAUGCAGCCCUAUGUGCAGAUGGUCCUCAGCAAUCUGGUGGAGAUCAUUAACAGGCCCAACACGCCCAAGACACUGCUGGAGAACACAGGUCGCCUGACGAGUCCCUCUGCCAUUCCAGCCAUCACCAUCGGCCGCCUGGGCUACGUGUGCCCACAGGAGGUGGCACCCAUGCUGCAGCAGUUCAUCCGGCCUUGGUGCACGUCCCUUAGGAACAUCCGGGACAACGAAGAGAAGGACUCUGCCUUCCGAGGCAUCUGCAUGAUGAUUGGUGUCAAUCCUGGGGGUGUUGUGCAGGACUUUAUUUUCUUCUGCGAUGCUGUAGCCUCCUGGGUGAGCCCGAAGGAUGACCUUCGGGACAUGUUUUAUAAGAUCCUCCAUGGUUUCAAAGACCAGGUUGGAGAGGAGAACUGGCAACAGUUCUCAGAGCAGUUCCCACCUCUGCUCAAGGAGAGGCUGGCAGCCUUCUACGGGGUCUAGGUGAACGUGGAGACCACCAGGUUUCUGUCUGCGUCAUCGUCGGAGGGUGUGCUGGGGAAUGUGCUGCUUCCAGAAGUCACUGUGCCCUGGUCAAGGGGGGUUAGGGAGGAGUGAGUGGGACCUCAAUCCAGAUGCUACCCAGUCUGCAUCUGUCCAUCUGUCGGUCCACUUGCCCCACCGGGCCUGACGAGUGGGCAGGUGGGUGGGGACUCCAUGCUCAUCCUACAAAGAGGGAGGGGGGUGGGACUUCUUCGUGGGCAAGAGUUCUCUGGGCUCUAAUCUGGGUCAUCUCAGGCAGCUCACUUGGGCCAGUCAGGCGGGAGGGAGAAAUCCAUAAGGCCUGCCGAAUCCGGUGUCAGAUAAGGCAAGGGAAUUACAGGUGGGGAGGGGGGUUCCUUGUAGAGAAGCAUACACUCACAUGUACACAUGUGGACACGCAUGUGCGGGCACCACAGCCAGCUAGGCUGGGCCAGCCGCCCCACCAUUUCCUCGACUGCAUGGAGACAGUAGAAUUAGUGAACCCCCAAAUUAUGCCUAUGGCCUUCUGUGUACCUUGCAUCUAGAGUAUAAGAAGCUUCCGCUGUUUUGCCGGAAUUGGCGGUGAUUGGGAGGUUU